CGAGGCGACCCCCUGGAGUGGAGGUACAGCUUAAUUUCACUGCACGCCAACGUGAGAAUGCAGCUCUAGUCUACCAAAUAGUCGCCUACCCUACGCCCAAAACUUCACAAUUUGUUUGGAAGAGGUGUUCGAAUCGUAGUUCUUGUGUAUCUUUGCCGUAUGAAAUUAACAAAUAUCAAAUUAACACUGAAGGUCUAUCAAGUAACUUAUCGAUUAUGGAUGUUCAGAUUCAAGAUUACGGAAUGUACCAAUUGUCAGUAUCGAACGGAAUCGGUGAUUCACUAGUCGAAUGGUUAUACCUGAGACCCAUCGGAAGACCGGAGUCGACAAUGGACUUUCACGUUAUUCAAGAUACAAUACGGGAGACAAGUGCUGUAUUGACCUGGAUUCCCGGAUUUGACAACGGAUCUCCCCAGGAAUUUCAUAUUUCCUAUAGAAAACUGUUUGGUGUCACCGGUUUUAUUACACAAACAGUAACACAUGACAAUAAAAAUGAGAUGAAUUACACAGUUGUAAAUUUAGAACCUGGAAUCGAGUACUUUGUUUCACUAUUUGCUGCAAAUGAAGUGGGUUCUUCUGCAUCGGUGAAUGCCACUUUUAAAACUCUUGACCGUAUUGAAGAUCAUACUGACCCUAGUCCAAAUAUUGGUGCUGUUGUUGGCGGGGCGGUUGGAGGUACUGCUGUAGCGAUCGUGGCAAUAGUUGUCGUGGUUUUCAUUCUAAGGCGGAACUACGCUCUCAUUUGCAAUGUUGCCCUAAUAAAGAAAAGUGCUGAUCCUGCUGAGCGAUCCAUACCUGGUAAAGACAACCCCGGAUAUAACGCAGCCCAGACAUACGAGGACAUGUCCAUGACACCAGAUACAUCGGUCUACGAUACUCUUAAAUCUGGAGACAAUGGACCUGAUAAUUUACACGUGUACACGCCGUUGGACGAGUUAAAUUCAAAGUCGCACGUGUACUAUGAAAAUACCAAGAAAGAAGAUCACGUUUACAACAAUACGGUACUGAAUAAUCCGGUACAGACAGGGCUCUAAGUGGAUAAUUGCAACUGUAAACAUGACAACAAGACGCCGCAAGAGGAUGUGAAAACUUUUAACAAUACCAAUUUAAUAACAUAUUCAAUGAUUUUGUUUCCCCAAUACAGUCUGUGAACUAGCGAUUAAUCGACGGACAAAGUAUUGCAAUUUGAGAAGAAAUGAAAGGACAUUUUCUGUGUUCAUAUAAAAGAUGUAUAAACAUAAAAAUAUCGCCAUAAUGUGUUGGGAUUAGAUAUAUUAAUAAGAAGUCACAUGAGGAACAAGACAUUGUGACAUGAUUACAUUAAGGUGACGUUGAACUGAUACUUGUAUCGGAAUUAAAAUUAACUGAGUAGAAAGUUAAAUUACACUAGUAUAUAUUCAAUUAAUAAAGAUUAUUAGCAUUUUAAAAGUUUGGUCCGUAAAGCAUUAAGCAUAUGACUUUAUGAUUAAUAGAAACAUUUCACAACCCAAAGCAAAACAAGUAUAUUUAAAAAGCAUGUUAUAAAACCUACCUAGAUAAUUAUUUAAUUUACAAUUACGCGACAUUUCAAGGAUAUAUUCAUUGUAUAAUUUCUGUUUUGUUCUAAACAAACCUAUAUUGGUCUGUUGAAGGUGCAAAAACAGCAGGGAGAUGUUUUUGCUUCAAAUGUUUAAAUGAAGAAAAGAACCAAACAUCCGAAGAACCAUUAUCUACCUCUAAAGGAGAGCAUAAAUUAUUGUCAUUACCUAAACCUCAAAUAUAUAUAUUCUGAGACAGAAUAUAGGUUUUGUUAUACAAUUACUUCUCUAUAUAUACAUAAACAGGUUAAAAUCACGCCUGAAACUAUCAUCGCAUACAUAGAAAUGUAAUGGUGUUGUUAUGAUAGGUAAGUAAAAACAAUUAUCUAUCCUGACUAAGCACACUUUUUAUCAAUAUAUUCUGACAAAUCAACUUUAUAUAACCAGACUUAUCGCAUUUAAUGCAAAAGGUAAGUUUUUACCCACAAAUAGUAUCCUUAUUUCAGCGUGUAUUUCAGACAUUAAAAGAUUGUCAAAACACAAUCCAGCUUGGAAAUUAAUCAAACUUCUAUAUAGCAUAAAAGCUUCCUGGCAGGGUAAAAUAUACAGAGAUGUUGUAUAUUAUUUUAGGAAAUAUUUGAGAUUGUUUAAAGCAACUUUGUUGUUGUUUUUUAAAUUUCUGGACAUGAUCACCUUGUCUAAUGCUUAUUAUAUAUCAUCAUUAUAAAAGUUGUUGUUUUUUAGUAAAACUCGGGCUUAUAUAUAUAUAGCUUAUAUUGGGAAAUAAACUACCUGAGAUUAAAAUA